CGGGUGCACCUGUGCAAUGGUGAUCUCCUCACAAGCACACCCCGAGGUGUCUUUUCUGAUUCCCUCCUAGGGCACCUGACCAGACCCUCCAUCUCAGCAGUGCCAGGCUCCGUGAUCCCCUGGGGGACAUGUGUGACUUUUGUGUGUCGUGCUCCUCCUGGGGAUUAUAUAUUCAGACUGGAGAAGAAUGGACUCUCCCAACACGAAUACGUGAAGGCCUCUUCAGGAAAUGGCACAGAGGCCAGGUUCCCCAUCACCUCGGUGAACAAGGACAGCGGAGGGUAUUACUGCUGCCUCUAUUACACCGGGGCCGAGUGGUCUGAGCGCAGUGAGCUUCUGGAACUGGUGGUGACAGCCCCCACCUCCCAGAAUGGCACCAUGAAGAAUUCCGUCUGCAUGGCCCUGGCUGCUGUGGUUCUGCUGAUCCUGGUGGUGAUUCUGGCUGAAGCUUGGCACAGCCAGUGCCGAUCUCAAUGUGGUUCCAUGGGUUGGAGACACGACGGCACAAGUCAGGUGUAGGAGGCACCAGAACCAGAUGGAGACAAGCUGGAGCCCAGCAGAGAGAUUAGUCUGCCUGCUAAGAUUCUGGGCAUAGACUCUAUGCUCCAGACCCCAAAGUGUGAGAAACAGAGAACUGUGAAUAGAGUGUAUGUUAAUGAGGCUGGGUGGCCGGGGCUCCUGUGGAGGGAGGCCUUCUUGUUCGUGGGUUGGAGAUGCAUCCCAGUCACAUUCCCGUAAAUAAAACUUAUUCCCCAUGAUACCCCUUCCCCAACUCGCCCCCAGGUAAUAAUGCCAUUUUUAAGAUGCUACUUGCAAGCACAUGGUUACUUACUCUACUCUUGAAGGUCAACUGCAGGAAGGCUAUCUGCCUAAUGAUUAUCUGCCAUCAAAAGCAGUCAGACCAUCUAACCCGAAGUCUGACCCACACCCUUCUGAUAAGGAUCAUAGAUUGGAGAAGAGCUCAGGGACCCAAGGUCAAGCCAGCUCAGAGAUGGCCAAGAUUAGGCCACCACCUUGACUCUAGAGCCUGCCCAUCUUGCUACGUAUGUGCCCUCCUGUCACAUGUGUGCCUCUAAUACAACCCCUUCCUGUUAUGUCUGUGAUUGCCAUGGCUUGCAUGCCCGGGAUUAUAUAAGUCUGUGAGAGAAUACUG